AUGUCUUUUUCUUGCAACCAAUCUCUGGAAGGCAGUUUCCCUCCGUCCCCGGCGGAGGACAGAGGCUCGCAGAGGCUGUCCUGGAACAAUCUGCUGCAGAAGCUCACCGAGCUGAAGGGCAGCAAACACCGGCUCUGCAGGAGUGAAUCUGGAUCUGUGGCAGAUGUGUCCCUGUUUGAGUCGGAUGCUUUCUUCUGCUACCCCCCAGAGGAGACCCUGGCUGCAGAGGUGAUGGCCACCAUCACUCAAUGCCUCAACAAUGGAUCCAACAUCCUGUGCUGCUCCAGACUCAUCCUGCCUGACUGCCUGAUGCAAAGCCUCACUGAGGAGUUGCUCCACCUGGCUGUGAAUGAGCCAUGUGGGCUCAGGGGGGCUCUCAUCGACCUGUGUGUGGAGAGGGGAGACCAGGGCUCACUAUGCACUGUGGAUCAAAUAGCAGUGGAUCCCACUCUGGUCCCAACUUUCCACGUGACUCUGGUGCUGAGGAUAGAGUCCAGCGGACUGUGGCCAAAAGUUCAGAAGCUCUUCAAGGGUGGGAAGCUACCUCCUGCCACGUCUCCUCGACACCGCACCACCCUGAAGCUGAGCACCAGCUUCAGGGCCAUCAAGAGGAAGCUGUACAGCUCAGGAGAGCUGCUGAUCGAGGAAUGCUGCUGAUUUAAGCACUCUGAAAUGAUAAACUGUAAAAAGUGAUUUUUUUGUAAAGAUAUAAAAACCAUUAUAAACUGAACUGCACCG